GGACCUCCCGGAGCAACUGGUGCUGAAGGCAGACAGGGUGAAAAAGGUGCAAAGGGUGAACCUGGUGCAGAAGGGGCUCCUGGAAAAACAGGUCCCGUUGGUCCACAGGGACCUGCAGGAAAGCCUGGCCCAGAGGGUCUCCGGGGCAUUCCAGGCCCUGUGGGAGAACAAGGUCUACCUGGAGCGCCGGGUCAGGACGGCCCUCCUGGGCCUCUGGGUCCACCUGGCUUGCCUGGCCUGAAAGGAGACCCAGGCUCCAAAGGAGAGAAGGGACAUCCCGGUUUGAUUGGCCUGAUUGGACCUCCAGGAGAACAGGGUGAAAAGGGUGAUAGGGGUCUUCCUGGCCCGCAGGGAACUCCUGGAGCCAAGGGUGAUGCAGGAAUUUCCGGUCCUGCUGGUCCACUCGGUCCCCCGGGUCCUCCUGGUUUACCUGGUCCCCAAGGUCCAAAAGGUUCCAAAGGAUCCAGCGGUCCUGCUGGUCAAAAGGGUGACAGCGGGUUACCUGGUCCACCUGGUCCUCCAGGGCCUCCGGGUGAGGUAAUCCAGCCACUGCCAAUCCAGUCACCCAAAAAGACAAGGAGAUCUCCUGAUUACAUGUUAUCUGAUGCCGGUGAGAACAUUCUGGAUUACUCCGAUGGCAUGGAAGAGAUCUUCGGUUCACUGAAUUCACUGAAGCAAGACAUUGAGCAUAUGAAGUAUCCGAUGGGCACUCAGAACAACCCAGCCCGAACCUGCAAAGACUUGCAGCUCUGCCACCCGGACUUCCCAGACGGGGAAUAUUGGAUUGAUCCUAACCAGGGCUGUUCUGGAGACUCCUUCAAAGUAUAUUGCAAUUUCACAGCAGGUGGGGAAACUUGCAUCUACCCAGAUAAGAAAUCUGAAGGAGUUAGAAUUUCAUCAUGGCCAAAGGAGAAUCCAGGAUCUUGGUUUAGUGAAUUCAAGCGAGGCAAACUUCUUUCCUAUUUGGAUGUUGAAGGCAAUUCCAUUAAUAUGGUCCAAAUGACAUUCCUUAAACUAUUGAGUGCCUCUGCCAGACAAAAUUUCACUUACAACUGUCAUCAGUCCGUAGCUUGGCAUGAUGCGUCAUCUGACAGCUAUGACAAAGCGCUAAGGUUCUUAGGAUCGAAUGAUGAAGAAAUGUCUUACGACAACAAUCCUUACAUCAAAGCUCUUCACGACGGCUGUGCAUCAAGAAAGGGCUAUGCGAAGACGGUGAUCGAAAUCAACACACCCAAAAUAGACCAAGUGCCUAUAGUUGACGUGAUGAUCAAUGACUUUGGUGAUCAGAACCAGAAGUUUGGAUUUGAGGUCGGUCCUGUCUGCUUCCUUGGUUAAGCUUAAGACAAAAAUCAGAUCAACAAAAAUGUUGCACUUUGGUGCUACCAACCCACUUCAUGCCACAUGCAAGUUUUGAAUAAGGAUGGCAUAGAAAAUGUGUCUCGCUGGGUAUGUAUGUCUUAUCUAGAAAGUAAUUGUUGCCCUUGUAGGGCCAGAAUCACAUGACUUAAACUUAUUUUGCAAAGAUGCUGUGGCACAGACAGACAACAUAGGGCUCGCUUUAGGAACACCCCCUUUGGAUUCCUUUGGUGCUGUAAAAACACGAACGACAUGGUGCUCCUUCCACUACAACAAAGAGAUGUUAAGUGUUUAAUAAACUGUAAUUAUUCUAUGUACAGUACUAUACUGUUAUUUCUCUGUCCCUUUCCAAAACUUGCAUGUGUCUCUGAAUUGCACCUGGCCCUUAUUUUAUAAUUACAAAACUACAGUGUCAAUACUGUGUAUGUAGUCUGAAAAAAUAAAGCUGUAAUUGCCAGUGAAGCCAAUUCCAUUUCUGAUUAAUAAUAAAAUCCCUUUGUAUAUAUUGUUGUCGAAGAGCUGUGUUAUUUGAAGUCGCCAACAAAACUUAAGGUGGCAAAACUGGAAGAUCUUGAGCAGCCCACUCAACUCUUUUCUGCUGAUACUGCUCUGUGAUGAUGAAUUUCAGUAACGAAAGCACCUUCAAAGGUGCUGUGUUCCAUGGUGCUAUACCUCAGACUUUUUAUUUUCUUCUCUAAUUCCAGAAUUUCAUAAGAUACAUGUAUAUACCUAAAAUAAACAAGUUUAUAUUUUUCGGUGGGG